AUGAGUAAGUCGAGUGCCGCUUCCUGGGUUAGUUUUUUCAGAGAUGCUGGGAUUCCGUAUUCCUUGGCCAAAAGCUAUGCCUCGACAUUUGAGGAGAAUAGGAUUGGAAAAGACAUGCUGUUAGACUUAGACAAAGAUAUACUAGGUGACAUGGGAAUCAAGGUAAUGGGUGAUGUCAUUGGGAUUCUCAAGCAUGCAAAAAAGGAGGCAAGGAAGGACUCUAGUGGUGCCACAGUAUCUGGUACUACCUCCUCCAAACACAAGUCAUCGUCUGCAGUUCAUUCGACUCAGAGUGCCCCUCAGGCCCCAGCCGUCUCCACCACCAGCUCCCCUCUCCAUGACCACUGUGAAGAAGGGUAUCUGGGUGUGGUUGGUCUGAUGGAGUACCAGGAUGAGAGGGAGCCGGAGCAUCUGUCACUGGAGGAACACACUCUCCAGCCAGUGGAGCCGGAGUUCACAGCCCUGCAAUCUGACCUCAUCCAACAAGUAGUGGCAGCCGUGACUCAGCAGCAGCAAGUUCAGCAGCAGUGCCAGGAGGUGGUGGAGGAGGAGGGAGAGGGAGCGAGGGAAAUAGUCAACCCUGCUCUCCUUGGGAUAGAGGAUGAAUUUCAGGAGGAGUACGUUACUGAGGCCUACAAGAGACAACAGCAAAAGAGAGCACUGGGCAGUCUCUACUCAGACUCCGUGUUCCAAGAGGCUCCUCAGUCGAAACAACCUCGUCUCAUCAUCCUCCCGCAGGACGAUGCUAAUGAAGUGGGCGGAGUCACAGAGGACCUGCAGAUCCUGGCCACUCCUCCUCUGGGCGGUGAGACAUCCAGUCGCAGACUGCUGGAAGCUGCUGGGCUUGUGAAACGAGGCGAGCACAUCCACGUUCCUUCCUCGGAGAAACCUGCAGUGUCCAGCUCUGCCUCUGUCUUCUCGAGAUUAGACGGGAAGGGCAGGGGCUCACCCCCACUCAAGACCUACCUCCCACCCCCCUCGUCCUCCUCCACCAACACUGCCACCUCCCCUCCCCAUCAGCGCAAGAGAACUGUAGUGACGGCUGCCAGUCCGAGUCCCCAGAAAUUGGGGCUGCAGGUGACUGCCAGGGAUGGUAGGAGAGUCAGUACAACACCCACCAGUGGUGCUAUCAGGUCCACUGGCUCUGCUAGCAGGGCAGGAAGUGGGGGAGGUGGGGUAGUUAGGAGGUCCAAGAGAGAGUCUUCCGUUGGGGGAUUGGUGAGCUCCAGCUCCAGUUUCGCUGCCAAGGAGCCUGUCAAGAGCCGUCUCGGUGCAAGGGAACACGGAGGUGGUGGUGGGUACGGGGGGAGUGAAGGCUGGACCAACACAGUCUCCACAUCCAGCCACAGCGGCCGUAUGUCCACACGACUCGGUGGCGGUAGUGGUCACAGAGAGUCGACCGGUCCUGCUAAGAGGACUCGUCACACAAUGGUAGCUGACUCGGCCACCAACCCCCCACCCAAGGCCAGCUCAAGACUCGGGGCUGGACACAAGAGCUCCACCUCGUCACUGUCUGCUGCUGUGGUGUCCAGUGCCACUAGGACCAGGGACCUCGUCAGGAGGAGCGGGAAGGUGAAGACGUCGUCUCCGUCCAUGAAGGCAGACGAGUACGAGAUGAGGAGACAGCUGGACAUCAGGAGUCGUCUAGCGGCCAAGGAGAAGGAAGUGGAGCAGAGGAGGAGUGGGGGGGUGUUAAGAGGACGUCUCGGCCAGCACCAUGUCUUCAUGAGACUCACUUGAGAAUAGUAUGUAUAUCGAGUUUUGUAUAAUUAUCCAGUACAUGAUUCGGAAUAUUAUACUGUUCUAUUGCUAUUGUAAUGUUUUGUAAACCUUACAUAUACUUGCAAUGUUCAUGGCGCACAGCCUUGCAAUUGUGGUUGCUAAUAGAACCAUGCAUGGGACAGCUCACAGUGUGCUUUGACUGUGUUUUACUAUGGAGCACACUAACUCAA